AUGGACGUGGGCCUCCAUAGCAGGGGCCCUGGUUCGGGCCGGGAGCUGCUUGGGAGUGUCAGGGCGGCACUCCGUUCUCGCAGCUGGUCCCUGGCUGUGUCCCUGCUGCGAGAUGCCUGGGAGGCGAGGGAACCGCCGAAUGCAGCUGCCUGCAGCUGCACCGUCAGCACACUUAUCAAGGAACGGAGGUGGCAAGACAGCUUGUUUCUUUGGAGGGAUCUUACAGACACCGAUCAUCUUCCCCUUGAUGUGGCAGCUUGCAGCAUGUUGGUCAGUGCCUGCUCUAAAGCUGAGCAGUGGGAGCAGUCUCUGGAGAUCUUUGCCUCUGGCAAGAGGCUGGACGAGAUGGCCUACUGUGCUGGCAUCUCGGCUAUGGAGAAGGGCUCUUUAUGGCAAGCUGCAAUCGGUAUGCUGGAGAAGAUGGAAACGGAGAGCCUGCAGCUGAGUGUCUUCUCCUACAGUGCCACGAUCAGUGCAGGCCGAGCUUUCAGCUGCUGGCAGCAAGCGCUGCAACUGAUCCAGGGCAUGGGGUCCAAGCAGAUUCUCCCGAACACAGUGGCCAUAAACGCAGGGAUUGCGAACUGUGAGCGAGCUGGCAAGUGGAUUGCGGCACUGGCCCUAUUCGAGCUGAUGCUUACUUCGGACCUGAGCCCAUCUGUAGUGACUCUGGGCUCUGUCGUGGCAGCCUGUGGCCGUGGUCAGCAGCUCACAGCAGCCUUGGCAGUUUGGGAUGCCUGUGCUUUGAUGGGGGUCCGCCCCAGCCACGAAGCCUGGUCUGCCUUGGUCACGGCAUGUGAACGCUCUGGAGCCUGGCAAAAAGCCCUUCUUCUCAUGGAAGAGUCUGGCUCUAAGAGCGGCUUCAUUCUGAGCAGUGUCGUGAGUUCUUGCACUGGGGCACAGGAGUGGGAGCGCGCCUUGUAUCUCUUGCGCCAGGAUGGGUUUCGGGAUCCUGUCCUCUGCAGCUCCCUGGUGUCUGCCUGGGAGGCUGGUUCUCACUGGGAGUCUGCGCUGCUAGCCUUGUGUCGAAUGGAGGAGAGGAGGCAGAUGCCCAAUGCCAUUGCACGGACUUCUGCCAUUGGAGCCUGUGAGAAGGCACAGCAAUGGGAAAGGGCCAUUGCACUUCUGCAAGCUUUCGAUGGAGAUUCGAUCGAGGCUGACGUCGUGGUUUUUGGUGCUGCGAUGAGUGCCUGCGAGAAGGCCUGGAGGUGGGAUAUGGCCAUCGACCUGCUGGCUCAUAUGAGCAUAGCAAAGAUAGAGAUAAACACCAUCGUCUACAACUCCGCCAUAAGCGCCUGCGGUGCAGGCCGCAAGGUUGGCUUGGCCUUUCUGCUCCUCGAAGAGAUGCUUCAGACUUAUGUGUUCCCGGACACUGUGACGUACAGCGCUGUAAUCACAGCAUGUGAGAAGACCCAUGAGUGGCAGCUGGCUCUUUCUGUUCUACAGCGCAUGCGUUCAGCAGGCACCGAGCCAAACACCGUGACUUGCAGUGCUGCGGUCUCUGCCUGCGAGAAGGGGCUGAGCUGGAGGCAUGCUGUUGCACUCCUGGCCCAGAUGCAUGUGGCUUCCUUGGAAGUCAACGAAUUCACUUUCAGCGCCGCCAUCAGCGCCUGCGAGAAGUGCAACUGUUGGGAGAUCGCCGUUCAGCUCUUCUCGGAGGCUGAGGCCGCGUUUCAAGCGGAGCCUUCCAUUUGGGUGCACAACGCUUUUGCCAGCGCGCUCGAGAAGGGUCACCAGCUGGAGAAGCUGCUCUCCCUCUUGGAAGGCAUGUGGAAGGCAGGACCACGACCAGACCUCGUUACACACAACGCUGCGUUGGCCGCCUGCCGGCGUGCGUGGAGCUGGGAGAAUUCAGUCGCGAUUUUGAACUUAGCCGCUGCACAGGGCGAGGCCGAUGCUAUAGCACUUGAGGCGGUCAUGGUGGCCUGUGGCCGCACUGGACAGCUUCAUGUGCUUCCUGAGCUUCAGGCGUCGCCAUGGCAGCACGAACAAGACGAG